GGCACCAUAGAAAUCCAAACAAAAAAAAAAAAAAAAAGAGUUUUGAUUGAUCAAAUCUCCUCUCCCCGCCACCGCCAAGCGGUUGCGGAAACGAUGACCAUCACCGCGGCCGCCCCUUCCCCCCACGGCCAUCACCACCACCACCACCACUUCCACCGAGCACCAUCACCUUCCCCAUCCUCCUCUCCUGCCGCGUCUUCCUCAGGACAAUCAUCGUCGUCCUCCUUCUCUCUGCCGCCGGACUGGGGAGCUGCUUCUUCGCUACCGUCGUCUUCUUCCUCUUCCUCCCCGUACUCGUCGAAGUUGACCGUUGACUUGAGCCCGCCGCUGAUCGCAAUGGUCGUCGUGGUGGCCACGGCUCUGCUGUUGAUCACCUACUCCCGCCUCAUUUCCCGCUACCUCAUCCUCUUCCUCCGCCGCUACCGCCGCAGGCGCGGCCGCCGACGGAGAUCCUACCUGCCGAAUUCCCCGCCGUCCACCAACGGAGCCGGCGAUUACCUCGACUCGCCCCCGCCGCUCUUCGACUCCCCCGACGGAUUCCACCACAUCUACGCCGGCGCCUCUCCCUACGGUCUCGACGAGUCGGUGAUCAAGACGAUUCCAAUCUCCCUCUACAGCAGCGGCAGCAGCUUCCGUAAAUUGCCCUCCCCUGCCGCCGCCGCCGCCUGCAGAGACUGCGCCGUCUGCCUGCUGGAAUUCGAAGACGGAGAUUACGUCCGCAAGCUUCCCGUCUGCUCUCACGCCUUCCACGUCGAUUGCAUCGACAUCUGGCUUAGGUCUCACGCCAACUGCCCGCUCUGCCGCGCCAGGAUUUUCCUCCGGCCUCCGGAAUUCGUGCCGCUCAUGGCGGCGCGAAUUCGGCCCAGUCUCAUCGACGACACGAAUCUCUUCCUUCUCCGCAAUCACAACAACAACGACGAUACAAUUAUUAGUUCUCCAACUACCGUAGCCAGUCGUACGGAGCCGGCGGGAGGAAUGAGAGAUUCUCCACCGCCGCGGCAGCUGUCCGAGAUCACGCCGUGCGCUGAGGAGGAAGGAAUUAGGGAUUGCAAUUUGGAAGAUCGAGCCGCCGAGGGAGGAGGAGGGAGCAGCAGCAGCAACAACUUCAUCCGGCUGAAGCGGUCCUACUCGUUCGGAUUCGAGCGGUCGGAGAGGAUGCUGGUGACGGAGCCGGCGACGGUGUCGCCGUGGAGAUCGAGCAGGAGAUCAUCGGCGUGGAGCAAGCGGCCGUCCCCGUUCGGAUCGUACCUGUCGAAUUCUUCCAAGCCUAGAUUGUUCUCGUCGUUCAGGUACUACUACAGAUCGGGGAUCAAAUCGCCCUUCUUCCGACGGAGAUCUGGAGGCGGAGGCGGUUUCUUCCCUCUCUCGGAGCGAUUCCCCGCGCACCACCACCACCACCACGGCGGCGGCGGUUCCUCGCGACGGAGCAAGUCCAUGACGAGUCCGAUGUUCCUGAGACCGUCGUCGGUGUUCUCGUCGAGCCGGCUGAGGUGUGGGGAUCCGGAGGCCCUAAUUUCUCCGGACAGAUUCAGCCACAGCAUGAGGUGAAAUGCGACGUGGAGGAUACAAUUCGCCGUCGUUCGUUGAAAGCGGCGGGGUUUCUGUAGGAAGUACGGCGGCGGGCGGGGUGUUGGAAUUUCUUUUUCUUUUCUUCUUUUCUCUGACGGAGAGAGAGAGAGGGAGAAGAAUUAAUAGAGGUGGGGGAGAGGCAUUUAAUGAAAAAAAUUGACCAGAGAGGGAAGGGAAAAGAAAGAUUCAGAAAUCAAGCUUUUAAUGGAGGUGCGUUGGGUUCGUAAAACCGGGCCAUUAAUUUGCUGCAGAAGAUGGUAGUCAAUUAAUGAGGGUGGUGGUGGGUGUGCAGAAGAGUAAAUGAGUAGUUGGAGUAUUUUUGGGAAGGAAAAAAAAAAACAAUUUUGAUGACUGGAUAAAAAAAAAAUUUGUACAACCUCAUUGUUGAAUUUUUACGGUUUAAACUAGUUGAUAUGAUGUCGUUAACGAAUUGUUUUGUUGCGAUGAUUUGGAGUCUGUGUAUAUGUAGUUGAUUAGAAGUCAUGUGUUUUCUUAUUAUCUGAUCAUCGAGUCGAGAUUCAAAAAUGAAGUGCCCAAUUUAGGAGAUUGGUGCUAUGAUAAAAACAUACUAAAUUGGUGCUAUGAUAAAAACAUACUAAUGGAGAAAGUGUGCGUUCACCGGCUAGAGAGAGCGCUCUGUUGGGCUUGUUGUCUGUGAUGUUAACGACUCAUUGUUCUAGUUUUUGCGAGCUUAAAUCGAGAUGCUCGAGCCAAAAGAAUUUUUAACAAGCUUUGUGUAGAUAGACUUAAAGAUGGAAAUGGCAAUGGACAUGUGUCGGGGAGGGUGGAUAUCUCGAUAUACGUAUCCGUCUCGUGGCAUGUCUAGUUUAGGUCGGAAUACUUAUCAUGUGGUGGGGGUCGAGGGCAGACCGGUCUAUAUGGGUAUUGUAAAGAAAAACAUUAGAAAUAUGUAUUUGUUUCAUUAAAUACUCGAGAAACAAAAACUAUUACGAUAAAUGUAAUAAAAUUAU